AAUCUCAUCUCUCUUUCGUGACGAAACAAUCCCCUCCCUCUGUAUAAAACUUCUCUCCAUCUCUCUUCCCACUCUCCAUUGCCAUCUCCCUCCCUCUCUCUCUCUCUCUCUCUCUCUCUCUCUCUCUCUCUCUCUCUCUAUCCCUCCUUUCUCUCUCUAGAACAAGUUGUCCCUAGCUUGCUCGUAAAGUUAGAUGCCUCAGGUGGAUCUAGAAGCUCUGGUCUCCGCCUGCGCCGGCGCCUCAUGCGACAACAAGAUCGCCUGCGAGACUCUCGCCGGCGAAGAACGGCCUCCUGCAGAGGAUGAUUUGGAUUCGGAUGCGGAUUCAAGCCCGGAGCUUCCGGCCGAAGAGAUCCCUCCCGAUUUCCCGCCCGAAUCCUUCUGGCUCUCCAAAGACGCGGAGUUCGACUGGUUCGACCGCAACGCCUACUACGAGCGGAAGGAGUCCACGAAGGGGAACUCGAACUCCACCAACUUGAACCCGAGCCUGGUUCCGAGCUCGAACUCCAGUUCCCAGCGCUUCUCCGUCAAUCGGAAGUCCAGGGCCGCGCUUCUUGGACUCCCGAAGCCUCAGAAGUCGUGCUUCGUCGACUCGAAGAAUCGCCGGAACGCUAAGGCUGGAAACACUCGGCUUUUCCCCAAACGGUCCGGAUCCACCGGGAAAUCGGAGGCUCCGGUGAUUGAGCCGUCCUCGCCCAAGGUCUCGUGCAUGGGACGCGUGAGGUCCAAGAAGGACCGCAACCGCAGGCUAAGGACCCGCCAGCGGUCCAAGUCCAGCGAACCGGCCCCACAAAAGGUCAAGCCAGCCGGGAGGAGGAGAGCCGGGUUCUUGUCGAGCUUCCGGUCCAUGUUCCGGUCCGGACGGAGAUCGGAGAGGGAGUCCGGUGACCGCCAAGCGCCACGCGGGUACUCACCGCCUCGAAGGAGCUCGGCGUCAAUCACGCGCGACAUUAGGGAGCGCCUGCCGCCUCGUGAUCUCGACGCGCCUUCCUCGGAGUCGCUCUCUCUCCCCAGGAGAAGCGCGGCGGACGGAGAACCGCCCGGUUUGGGCGGCAUGAUGAGGUUCGCUUCGGGUCGGAGAUCUGACGCGUGGGUCAACGACGUGGCGUGAUGGUAUUAUCUGGCACACGGACGGAAUUGGGGCCCGCUUGCGAAGGAACGGCGGUGAUCCGACGCCAGGGGAGCCCGCCAAACUUGAAUCGGGCUGUCGGGAUGACGUGGCACGUUGAAUAACCGUAUUCGCCGUACCGUGGCUGGUAAAAAGGUGGAAUUGUAAAACGGAAGAUUGUUUUUAUUUUUCCCUUUUUUUUUUUCACCCCCACUUUUGCCUUUCUUGUUUAUCGUUUCUUGCGAUCUAAGAAAAAGGGCAUCUUCUGUAAAUAGAUUUGAACGAUUUUGGAGUGAGCAGCUGUAAAUUUCCGUGUGAGAACUGUAAUAAAAUUUUGUUGGGGUUGAAGUGAA